AUGAAUUCCUCUUUCCAUAUUUAUGCUUGCCAAUUUUGUGUGGGAGAUCGAUUUUAUUUAUGCGAAAAUAAAAUCCUCUGUGAAUACGACUACGAGGAACGUCUAGUUUUUGCAAAUAUGGCCUAUAACCCACCGCCGCUUUCUCAUCUGAAACGCCAGACAUCGAUUCCACCUGUAUCUCUUCCAAAUCAUCUUAUAAACGGACAUCGUCCACAAGUACCGUCGUCAAAUGGCGACCUCAACAACAACAUGUCUGGUUCCGGUCAGCCCCCACCUAGUUCGAUAGCGAAUCAAAAUUUUCAAACCGUUGGCCAUUUAAAGAACGGUUCUCUUUCGUUGGGAGCCGCCAGCUGA